AUGUCGGUGCGCAGGUCCCCGCUCUUCCUGUGCGCCCUGGCACUGGCCGCGGCGCUGGCCCCGGGGGAGGUGGUGGAGAAAGGGGCCGGCGGCGGGCAGCCCCCCCCGGGGCCCGAGGCGGAGGAGCCGGGCUGCCCCGUCUGCCUGUGGCGGAAGCACAGCAAGGAGAUGAGGCUGGAGAGCAUCAAGUCGCAGAUCCUGAGCAAGCUGCGGCUCAAGGAGGCGCCCAACAUCACCCGGGAGGUGGUGAAUCAGCUGCUGCCCAAGGCGCCCCCGCUGCAGCAGCUCCUGGACUUGCACGACUUCCAGGGGGACGCCUUCCCGCAGGACGAGUACCUGGAGGAGGACGAGUACCACGCCACCACCGAGACUGUCAUCAGCAUGGCCCAGCAGACGGACCCGGUGGUGCAGAUAGAGGGGAACCCCCACUGCUGCUACUUCAACUUCAGCCCCAAGAUCAUGUUCACCAAGGUGGUGAAGGCCCAGCUGUGGGUGUACCUGCGGCCCGUGCAGCACACCUCCACCGUCUACUUGCAGAUCCUGCGCCUCAAGCCCGUCACCGAGGAGGGCAGCCGCCACAUCCGCAUCCGCUCCCUAAAGAUUGACCUGCACUCCCGCCUCGGCCACUGGCAGAGCAUCGACUUCAAGCACGUGCUGCAGAACUGGUUCAAGCAGCCGCAGAACAACUGGGGCAUCGAGAUCAACGCCUUCGACCCGAACGGCAACGACCUGGCCGUCACCUCCCUCGGCCCCGGAGCAGAAGGGCUGCAUCCCUUCAUGGAGCUCCGCGUGCUGGAGAACAACAAGCGCUCGCGGCGCAACCUGGGGCUGGACUGCGACGAGCACUCCACCGAGUCCCGCUGCUGCCGCUACCCGCUGACUGUUGACUUUGAGGCCUUCGGCUGGGACUGGAUUAUUGCCCCCAAGCGGUACAAAGCCAACUACUGCUCGGGCCAGUGCGAGUACAUGUUCAUGCAGAAGUACCCGCAUACCCACCUGGUGCAACAGGCCAACCCCCGGGGCUCGGCCGGGCCCUGCUGCACCCCCACCAAGAUGUCCCCCAUCAACAUGCUUUACUUCAAUGACAAACAGCAGAUUAUCUACGGGAAGAUCCCGGGCAUGGUGGUUGACAGAUGCGGCUGCUCUUAA